CUGGAGGCGGUAGUUGUGAGUGCUCUGAAUAGUGCCGUACGGAAGAAAACGGAACAGUAAAACUAGGACGAAAUAAAAACUAAUGGGAACAUUGACAGAAACACCCUAGCCUCUCACUGAAGAUAAUGGGCACUGUUAGCAUUCUUUAUUUGUUGAAAACGGAAAUUCUCGCCAUAUUUUUGAGGUGGCGUGUGUGCUGUAUGGCGAGCUCAACAUGGCGCUGCAAUGCAUAACCAGACUGAAUUAGUUUAUUGUUUAUUGAGACCUACGACCGUUUUUGUCACCUGUGCUCCUUGAAACAUUCACGACAACGAUUCACUUGGUGUCUUUUUACUAAUGGAUAUAUUUACUGGGGGCAGAAACGUAGCCUAUCACUGCGACUCCGUGGAUGUGGUCGUUCAUUGUCGCCUACUCGUCUUUCCCGGAUUUUUACCAACUGGAAAUGUAUAAAGACUAAGGAUGUUUUCGUAAUCUAAUUGUACCUACAUGUCAUUUAACAAGCACAACAUUGUCACCCCUAUUUGCUGUAAAGGUAAAUUACAAAAGUAAUAUUAACCCCCGACGCACGAACUCUCGUUGGGUCGUUUUGACUGACUCGUGGAGCCUAGAGAACACGGCCAAAAAGUUCCAACUGGACAUCUUGUGUUUUGGCCAAGGACAAUCGAAUUUAGAGAAAUUAUUCUGGAAUUUCUAUCAGGAUUGUACCAGUGAGGGAUGGUGGGAGGCAGACUACCCAUGUGGUACUAACCAUCCAGGAACCACAUCACACAAAGCAUGGUGGAUGCGAGUGCUGCUUGCAGAAUGAACCCGCUAGCUGCCCUGGGCAUGGACCGUAGCAGCCUGAUGAGGGAGAGCCUCCGCGUCCACGGAGGGAUGGUCUACCCGGGCAUCCGCACCCUGUCCGCCUCCCAAAAAGCCAGGGAGGGGGUCUCCUCCUUGCCCCUGGGCUACGACCUUGUCUACAAACCCGAAGGGUUAACCUUGGAAGGCAGGAAGCCUGGUAACGGUUACGUGGGUCUGUAUAAGAGCUCUCCCCCCGGGUUGCAGAGGCCUGGUGGAGGAGGGGAGGGCCUGGGGAUGGAGCGGCGUGUGGGGCCUGGAGAUAAACCCUCUGAGCUGGGCCUCAACGGCAGCAACGGCUUCCUGCGACUGCCCUGGGCAGUAAACCCGUACGCUGACCCCGGACUGUACCCCUUCCUGGACUCCUCCAAAUACGCAGCCCUCAACAUGUACAAGGCCUCGUUCCUGUCCCAGCCCUCACCCUACCUGCCCCAGCACCUGGCCUACCAGUCCCUGUGUGGAGGGGCGGGGGGUAGCGCUGCUGGGGCAGAGCGCCUCUUCUACAUGCCCACGUACCCCCCGGCCCCCAUCUCCUCCCCCCUGGCCCCUCCUAUGAGGAUCCCCAUGGCCACGGUGGUCCCCAACACCCUCUCCCCGAUCCAGGGCCUGGGGCCCCGGAUCCACCACGAGGCCUCCACCUACGGGUCCCAGCUUCACCAGCAGCACCAGGCCCACCAGCAGUCCCAACCCCAUCACCAGUCACAUAGUGACAGGCAGCCCCAGUCCCAACCCCAUCACCAGUCACAUAGUGACAGGCAGCCCCAGUCCCAACCCCAUCACCAGUCACAUAGUGACAGGCAGCCCCAGUCCCAACCCCAUCACCAGUCACAUAGUGACAGGCAGCCCCAGUCCCAACUCCAUCACCAAUCACAUAGUGACAGGCACCCCCAGUCCCAACCCCAUCACCAAUCACAUAGUGACAGGCAGCCCCAGUCCCAACCCCAUCACCAGUCACAUAGUGACAGGCAGCCCCAGUCCCAACCCCAUCACCAAUCACACAGUAGAGACAGGCAGCCCCAGUCCCAACCCCAUCACCAGUCCCAUAGUGACAGGCAGCCCCAGUCCCAACCCCAGUCCCAUAGUGACAGGCAGCACAACAACAGCAGCAGUAGUAAGUCCAGUCGGACUUCCUCUAGUAAGAGCUCUGGCAGCACCAUCAUUCACAACAGUAGCAGUAUUACCAGUAGUAGCAGUGCUGGGACUGGCAUUAGCAGCAGCCUACCAGUGGACUCCACCCAAGCACUUAUAAUGCAGUCCCCCCGCACAGCCCCCCACCCUCCCCAGACCUCAGUCCCUCCCCCCUCUCCUCUCAUAGACAACAGCACUUUGGACAUCCAGAAGUCACUGUUCAGAAGCCCCCCCUGCUCCACCACCACCACCACCUCUUCCUCCCCGUCGGUGUCCCAUCCUUUCUACAUGAGCAGCAUAGCCUCUGAGCACCGCUCCCCGGUGCGAUCCGGCAGCAACACCCACAAAACCAAACCCAAAGAGCUGGGCAGCAGCUCAGAGCACAGGAAUGUGGAGAGGAAUGGGGAAAGGAAGCGGAGCCAGUCCCCUUUAAAGACUUUGUCCUCUGAUAGACCAGCAGUACUACAGGCUCCUGCCAAAGACCCUGCGGACAAGCCUCUGGAUCUGUCAGCCAGAAUCCUGGAGUUGGAAGGCUCCCCCAACGGAUUCCCCCCAAAACUAGAGGCCUUGGCUAAGCUGGGCUACUCGCCCGCGGCUCGAUACGGCUUACCCCCCAGCCGGGAGCUCCUCAAAGAGACUCUCUCCCCGUCAGGGGCUUCCUCCAAAACCCCUGAGAGGCCUGAGAUCAUUAGCACUUUACGCUCCUCCUGGGUGGUGCCCAGCCCGACCCCGGUCCACGACAGCUCCAGCUCAGACGCCAACCACAACAAAGACCCCUCCGUCAUCAAACAUAAAAACCUGGAGAACUUGUCUUCGCCGCAGCAGCGAAGCUCUUCCUGUCCCAGGAUAGGUGAGGUCGAUGGGGCUGUCGUCCCCAGCCAUGCCCCAGCUGUGGUAGCCCCUUCUGGGAGCCGACCGUCCUCUGCCUCCCCGUCUCCCAAGGUCAACGGUGAUUGGCCAAGAUCCUCCCCCAACUACUCUGAGACAGCCCCUUCUUCCAACAGAGUGGGCAGCCAUCCCUCUUCUGGGAAGCCAUUGAAACCCCUCAAGAAACCAGAGGCUCAGGAGAUGCCCUUCAAACCCCAGCAGCCGCCCCACUUAGACAACGGCCAUCCGUCCGGCCACCCCCCCAGCCACCUCUACCUCCCCCAGAGUGACGGCUAUCUGCCCCCUAGCCUAGCCUACGCUAACAGAUACCUGCCCUACUCGGUCCAGGAGAGCAUGUCCCUGCCCCACAUGCCCAUGCCAGGCAAAGGCCCAGUGUACCCCCACCCUGUUCUGCUGGGCAGCAGCAGCUUGUACCCACCCCGCCUGCCCCCCAAGCACGGCCUCCCGUACGGCAUCCCCCCCAGCCACGGGGACUACCUGACCUUCCAUGACUCCCAGGAGAUGGUCCACCCCCUCAUGUCCUCCCCCCACACAGGCCUGGACCUCAAGACCAGCGAGCGGCUGCAGGAGCUCAGGUCCAGGCCCAAGGAGAAGAUUUGGCAGCACCACGAGGACUCUGCCCCGGCCUACAAGAGCCAGACCCAGGCCCCAGACACUAAACACACCCGCAGGGUGGACAGAGAGACCGACAGGUCCACAGGCCUGGGCUCAAAGAGCCUCAACCACAAUCCCCUGACGGGAGCUAGAGAGGAGAUAGUCUGUAUCGACUUAAUCCAAGACGAUGGGGACAGCGACUCUCCCCUGACCAAAGCUGUCUCUCCAUGCGCUAAGAGAGGAGACCCUUCCAAACCAGUGGGUAGUGGGAGUAUCGGGAGAAAUGAGGGGAGAGAAGCAGAGCUUCAGCACAUGCUCCGUACCGGCCAGGCUGUUGAACUCAGGCCAGGCCAGGCCCACAGGCAGGCAGAGCAGCAGCAACGCAGCCAGCUGUGGCUGGGCUUCCACCCUUCCUCCCUCCGUCCUGAGCCCCCAGCCCUCUCCCCCUGCCCCUUUCCCAGACAUGGGGAGGACGGCCCCAGCCCUGCAGAGAGCAGCCCCAUCUCUGACCUGCCAGAAGAGCAGACCCUUCGCUGCGCAAGGACUUCUGGAGACCGCACCUCUUGGGACCGUAGAGACCAAUCUUUAGAGGGCCUUAAGAGCAGGGACUGUACCUUUGAGGAUCCCACCUCUGUGGACCGUAGUUCUGGGGACCGCAGUUUCUGGGACCAUACGCAUGAGGACUGUACUUUUAAGGACCGCAGCUCUUGGGACCGUACACGUGUGGAUCGUACAUGUAGGGUCCGCUCUUGCGAGGACCGCACCUCCGCAGACCACUCUCCUAGGGAACGCACCUUGAACGAAUCUGGGUUUAGGAAUGAAAGGACCAUGGACCACUACUCGGACCUGGACAAGGACAUGCACACGGACACAGAGUCCCACGAGGGUGAGGAGUACGACGACCAAGGCUGCCCCAGGGCCAGGAGGUCCAGCCUGGCCAAGCGCAUCGCUAACUCCUCUGGCUACGUUGGUGACCGCAUCAAGUGUGUCACCACCGAGCUGUACGCCGACUCCAGCAAGCUGAGCAGAGAGCAGCGGGCACUGCAGCGUGCUAUGCUGCGCUUCUCUGAGCUGGAACUGAAGGAGAAGGAGGGAGGAGGAGGGGCGGCGGUGGACUUGGCAGACAGCCAGCGCGAGCGGAGAGAGGGGGAUGGAGAUGGAGGAGAGGACAGGGCGCGCUGCCAAGGCCCAGCCAGAACGGGGCCAGGGGCCUCAGCCCUCACAUACGAGGCUGAGAAGGACGGUGUGCAGCUGACGUGCCCCAACAACAGAGUGCCUGUUCUCCAGCGAUGCCCACACACCGAGGGCCUCCCACCCAGAGAGAGGGAGCAGGCUGGCCCCGACCUGGAGGAGAGGAAGAGGGGGAUGAUGAUGGAGAAAGAGGAGAGGGUGUGUGUGCUCCCACGGGAGUGGUCUGCCAGCCUGCCCACGGCCCCAGUGGAAAGGCUGGCCCAGAAGGAUGCCAACCCUGGCAUCAUGCCCACCAUGCCCACCGCGGUGCCUGGCAGGAAACACGCAUAUGCCCUGGAACCGUGCCAGCCACUCCAGGCCGACAGCCAGGGGAAAGAGCGGGAGGAAAAUGAGAGAGAAGAGGAGACGAUGGAUGUUCCAGCCAAAAGAGCCAGGCUAACAAACGGCCCCACUGAGCCCGUCCCAGAGGAACUAAAGAACCUCAAGGUGUGUAUCGAGCUGACCGGCCUCCGACUCAGCAAGCCCCGCCUCGCCCAGGAGCUCAGCCAAUGGCAGGCCGCCACACAGAGGUCGACAGAGGUCAACGGAAGCAUGGCCAUGACGACGGCCCUGCCCGACGGGUGCCCCGAGGUUGGCGUCACAGACGCCAAGGUUGCCUCACAGGAAGACCGGAGCCUGAAACGCAGGUCAGAGGUCAACGGCCACGCCUGGUGCCAUGAAACGUUUGGUCACGGCGACAUCGAGCGAGUGGUGCUGCCGUCUGUUCCUCUGACCCCAGCGCAUCGGGACCGCCUCUCCCGGACCCCGUCCAACACCCCUGUCAGAAAACCACCCCUGCAGACCACCACCCCUGCCCUCACCCCCUUUCACUCCCUGGCCCCUGCACACCCCCACAUCACCCUCACCCCCAGCCCUCCACGGCUGUCAGACAAGAGACAGAGGCUAAAAGAACACCGCAGGACCAGCGCUUUGGGACUGGGACCCCCCCACACCGGCCCUCACCCCGACCAUGACCCCAACCCAACGGGGGACCUGGUGGCCCCCAGACUCCGUCGGCACGGCGACCAGGACAAGCCCAAGGGCAAGCGGCAGUGCAAGACUAAACACACCAGCCAGAGGGAGAGAGAGGGGCUGGGGCCGGGGAAUGAAGAACUGAGGGAAGAGAGGGAGAGAGAGAGGCUGGGGCUGGGGCCGGGGAAUGAAGAACUGAGGGAAGAGAGGGAGAGAGAGAGGCUGGGGCCGGGGAAUGAAGAACUGAGGGAAGAGAGGGAGAAUAAGCAGGUCAAGGAAAAGCGAUGCAGCGAGAAGCGGAGGAGGUCUUCAUCCCUGUCGGAUUACUCCCACUCCUCCCCUGCCCCCCCUCUCACACCGCCCCCCCAGCUCAGCCCUCUGCCCAGCCCUACAGAGACCCAGGACCGCACGCCAACCCCCUCCAACCCCCCGCUGCCCACCUCUACCCCUGCCAGCCGACCCAUGCCUCCCGAGGCCCGCAGGCUCAUCGUCAACAAGAACGCAGGAGAGACCCUGCUCCAGAGGGCUUCCCGCCUAGGAUACGAGGAUGUAGUGCUGUACUGCCUGGAGAACAGGGUGUGUGACGUCAAUCACCGUGACAACGCAGGCUACUGUGCGCUGCACGAGGCAUGUGCACGUGGCUGGCUUGCUAUCACUCAGCACCUGCUGGAGCACGGUGCCGACGUCAACUGUAGCGCCCAGGAAGGCACCAGGCCCCUCCAUGACGCGGUGGAGAAUGACCAUCUGGAAGUGGUCCGUCUGCUACUGUCCUACGGAGCUGACCCAACCCUGGCUACAUACUCUGGCCGCAGCCUCCUCCGUAUGACGCACUCCCACGGCAUGGAGGGAUUCCUCUCUGAGUAUUUUUCCGACCUGAAGGGGCGUGAAGACACUGACGAAGGCAUCUACUGGGAGUUUUACGGCAGCGCCGUGUGUGAGUCAGGUGAGGACCCAGCAGCCUAUGACAUCCUGGCCAACCCUCCAGGCCCAGGAGAGGAGGAGGAGGAGGACACGAAGCAGGGCUUUGAGUUUGAGUUCUCUGACCGACCCCUCCUGCCCUGCUACAACAUUCAACUCUCCCUCUCACAGGGUCCCAGAAACUGGCUGCUCCUAUCAGACGUCCUGAAGAGACUCAGAAUGUCCUCCAGGGCAUUCAGGGCAGCCUUCGCCCAUCUGGAGGUAGCAACCAUCGCCGAGGCAGAGUUCUACAAGCAGGCGUCACUGUCGCAGCUCUUCUCGUGCCCCGACGAGCUCGCCGCCUUCCUCCCCGACAGCAAGGAGCUGCUGGACCUGGUUGAGACCAGCUCGGAGCUGGCUGCGCUGCUCGGCUCCUCGCUAGAGUGUUUGGACAGCCGAUGGGAGCCCAAAGGGGCCCGGGUCAAAGCUAAAGCCCGCUCGUGACCCUGAGAUACACACACAGAGGGUGACUCAAUAAGAUCUACUUUCUCCUGAAGUGGACACUCCUUCACUAGUUCCCACAAAUCUGGUGCAGUUAUUUGGCUAGUGGUAAUUUUCCACCAUAUUUCUUAUACCAGUCCUUUCCUUUCAAAUCGGUGAAGGGAAGUGAACACUUUGGGAGGAAGGAGAGAGUAUUGGGACGUAGCCAACACACACACAUGCUCCAUGUGUAUCUAGUGUACCGUUCCCAUGCCCUGUGAGGACUGGACGUUGAAUACUGGACAAUAUCCCUUCAAAGAGGAAACAGACCCCAGCGCCACACAAACUGCAUUUUUUAAAUAAAUAUAUUAUAUAUGUAUACAUUAACAGCCAAUUUGAUUUGUUCUAUAUAUAUAUAUAUAUGUAUAUCCAUACUGUAUAUCUGCUGCUUUGGUUGUCAUGUUGUGGUCAGGUUGUCGGUUUUGACACUGUUUGGGUUGACUAGGCUAGUGAACAGGUCAGGAGCAAUGUGAGUCGAAUGUGGACCUCUGAGGUAAAGGUUAUUGUUUGACUUUGGAUCAUGGCAGUGCACUUGAUUUAAGCUUUACCGACCCAUCGGACUUUGUCAGGUGCUUGAUAGAUAUAUAUAGAGGUGAACUGUGACAAACAUUUUAGCACUCAUGGCUCAUCCCAAAGAUUUGGGGAUUUUUAUUUUCGACAUUGUGUCUAAAAACCUAGCUUUAUUUGUCUCUUAUUUAUGACAAUGAGGAAUGAAGAUAUUUGAUGUGGGUUUUAUGUAAAAUAUAAAUGUAAGAUACAACAUGUUAAUUGGAGAGUGAGAUUCAUGCUUGAACUUGUAAAUAAGAUGACCAUUUCACUAACUGUUUUUCUGACUGGGGUGUUUGAUUGAUUUGUUUGUUUUGGCAAUGUAAGUGUUUAAACUUUGUAAUUAAAUACACUAUUAUUUGUAUUUAUAUUUUACAAAAAAGUUCAUUUAAAUAAAUCGCAAUAAAAGUUAA